AAUCGGUUUAUACCAAACAUGGUCUUAGUAGUAACAGAAAGAGUUGUAAUCUCCACUUAUUAGCUGGUAGUAAACUAACCGUCCUCUCUAAAUCAACGCCUCUUUUAUUCCAAAUUUAAUUUUUAAUUCAUUUCCUUCUUCGGACCUUCCAAAGUUACUCUAUCUACCUGCCACAUAAACUAUAACCACACUGCAAUCACAUACGAAGUGGAAGUGCCGACAAUAAUCUCAAAUCAACUUUCUAAUUUGGUCAAAUUGGUGGAAAAUGCAGGUUUCUACACAUGCUGUUAAAGGAAAUUUAUGCCUUGGAUUACAAAACCUUAGGCCGUUGCCGAGUUCGCGUGAAUUGAGAGAGAAUAAUUUAGGUUUCGCUGUUAGUGAGCUUCGGAUGACAAAAAGGAGCAGUUGCUUCGGAAUUGGCCUAGACUCAAUUGCCAUGGGAGCAAGGGGGAAUUGGCCUAGAAGUGUGUACGGAUCAUUGGCCAAGGCCAGAUCAGUCAGAGCUCAAGCUUAUGAAGGAGAUGUUGAGGAUGUUGCACCUGCCAAAAUCCAAGUGAAAUCAUCUGGAACUGUUCUGCCAUAUGUUGGUGUUGCUUGUUUGGGAGCCAUUCUUUUUGGAUAUCAUCUAGGGGUGGUUAAUGGUGCUCUAGAGUAUCUUGCCAAGGAUCUUGGAAUUGCUGAAAAUGCUGUGUUGCAAGGUUGGGUGGUUAGCACACUUCUUGCUGGUGCCACUGUUGGUUCAUUCACUGGGGGUUCUUUGGCUGAUAAAUUUGGGCGAACAAAGACUUUUCUGUUGGAUGCAAUUCCACUUGCAGUUGGAGCAUUUCUUUGUGCCACUGCACAGAACAUAGAGACAAUGAUAAUUGGUCGCUUACUUGCUGGAAUUGGAAUUGGUAUAUCGUCUGCUAUUGUGCCACUUUAUAUAUCUGAGAUCUCACCAACUGAAAUCCGUGGAACACUUGGAUCUGUAAACCAGCUAUUUAUAUGUAUUGGGAUUCUGGCAGCAUUGGUAGCUGGAUUGCCUUUAGCUGGAAAUCCUUUGUGGUGGAGGACGAUGUUUGGUGUUGCGAUUAUUCCGUCCAUAUUAUUGGCACUUGGAAUGGCUUUUUCUCCUGAAAGCCCACGGUGGCUUUAUCAGCAAGGGAAAAUUUCUGAAGCUGAAGUGUCCAUCAGAAAGCUAAAUGGAAAAGAAAGGGUUGCUGAGGUUAUGAGUGAUUUGGAUGCAGCAGCUCAAGGUUCCUCUGAACCAGAAGCUGGGUGGUUUGAUCUUUUCAGUAGUCGCUAUUGGAAAGUUGUUAGCGUUGGUGCAGCUCUCUUCUUGUUCCAGCAGCUUGCUGGGAUAAAUGCCGUAGUAUACUAUUCUACUUCUGUUUUCCGCAGUGCUGGAAUUACAUCUGAUGUUGCUGCCAGUGCUCUAGUUGGGGCGGCAAAUGUUUUUGGGACAACCAUUGCGUCCUCCUUGAUGGAUAAGCAAGGAAGGAAAAGUCUUCUGCUUACAAGCUUUGCUGGCAUGGCUGUUUCCAUGUUGCUGCUUUCCUUAACCUUCACUUGGAAGACUCUGGCACCAUAUGCAGGCACCCUUGCUGUUCUUGGCACUGUUCUUUAUGUAUUAUCCUUCUCUCUUGGUGCUGGUCCUGUGCCUGCUCUUCUGCUUCCAGAGAUUUUUGCCUCUAGAAUUAGAGCAAAAGCAGUGGCAUUGUCUUUAGGCAUGCAUUGGAUAUCGAAUUUUGUCAUUGGCCUGUACUUCUUGAGCGUUGUAACUAAGUUUGGAAUAAGUACAGUGUACCUGGGAUUUGCAUCUGUUUGUCUUCUAGCAGUCAUGUACAUAGCAGGUAAUGUUGUGGAAACUAAGGGACGAUCACUGGAGGAAAUAGAGCGCGCUCUUACUGCUGCUCCUUGAGGGGAAUAAUGUUGUAGUACCAAGGGAAGUAUUUGCCGUUUCCCCUAUCGCAGAUUAUCCGAGAAUCAUCUUUCCAGUUUUCAUUAUGUGACAAAUGGUCUGUUGGUAAGCAUUUGAUGAACCUGCGUUUUGAUUUUGGCUUUGUUAUUUUGAUUGUAACUAGUGUGGGGGGCGUUGUCUCGACUUUUAUCACAUCAGUAGAUGGGUGUUGGGGACAGUUUGAUGUAAAUUAGAUAGUUCUUUCACUAAUAAGGAUUUAGAUUUGAGAAAUUAACGCGGAUGUCCAAAACUACUGAAAUUUCCAAACUUGCAUAGUUAUAUUC